AACAAUAAUAAGAUCGUGUUUGCGGUCGCUGCCCGAGGAGGAAUUCGGAGGAAGCGCGAGGCCCGGCGCUCGCGCCGCUCCUGGCAGCCCGUGAGAGAGGCCGACGGUGGCGGCAUGAGGCAGGCGACGCGGCGCCUGUGAGCGGCGCGCAGUGGCGGCGGGGACCUCGGCGCGGCCAGACGCGGGCGGGCGAGCGCCGAGCGGCCGGGGGCUCCCCUCCCCCGCUGCCGGGCCGUGAUUUGCCGGGCCUGUUGCGCCCCCCUGCCCACCCCUUCGCCUCAGCAGCCUCCUCGCCGCUUCCCCUCGUCGGAGCGGCCGCUCGCCUGCCCGCCCGCCCGGCUCGAGGCCCGCGGGGAGCGCGGCGCAGUCCGUCGGCCCGCGGUGGGGACGGCCUCUCGGCAUCUUCGGCGGCGACCAAGGACGACCGGGAAGGGGAGCGGCUGGGAUGGCGCGUCCGCGGCCCCGCGAAUACAAGGCGGGCGACCUGGUCUUCGCUAAGAUGAAGGGCUACCCGCACUGGCCGGCCCGGAUUGAUGAACUCCCAGAAGGAGCCGUGAAGCCUCCAGCAAAUAAGUAUCCUAUCUUCUUUUUUGGCACCCAUGAAACUGCAUUUCUAGGUCCCAAAGACCUUUUCCCAUAUAAGGAAUACAAAGACAAAUUUGGAAAGUCAAACAAACGGAAAGGAUUUAAUGAAGGAUUGUGGGAAAUAGAAAAUAACCCAGGAGUAAAGUUUACUGGAUACCAGGCAAUUCAGCAACAGAGUUCUUCAGAAACUGAGGGAGAAGGCGGCAAUACUGCAGAUGCAAGCAGUGAGGAAGAAGGUGAUAGAGUAGAAGAAGAUGGAAAAGGCAAAAGAAAGAAUGAAAAAGCAGGCUCAAAACGGAAAAAAUCGUACACUUCCAAGAAAUCCUCUAAACAGUUCCGGAAAUCUCCAGGAGAUGAAGAUGACAAGGAUUGCAAAGAAGAAGAAAACAAAAGCAGCUCUGAGGGUGGAGAUGCUGGUAAUGACACAAGAAACACAGCUUCAGACUUGCAGAAAACUAGUGAAGGGACCUAACUACCAUAAUGAAUCUGCAUAUUAAGAGAAACCACAAGAAGGUUAUACGUUUGGUUGUCUAAUAUUCUUGGAUUUGAUAUGAACCAACACAUAGUUAUUGUUGUCAUUGACAGAAUCCCAGUUUGUAUGUACAUUAUUUACAUUCCUCUGUUGUGUUUGCAAAAAAAAAACCCAAGACAUUUUAGCCUUUUUUAAGAUUAUUGAUUUAAUUUCAUGUUAUUUGGUUGCAUGAAGUUGCCCUUAACCACUAAGGAUUAUGAAGAUUUUUGCACAGAUUUAUACAUGUCUAGGAUCCUUUUAUCAAGGCAGGUAUGCUCAUCAUUCUCCUGCCUUCAUCCCACCAUCGCCAAACACUCAGUUAAAUAUAAAUUAGCAUUUUUUAAAUGAUCAUUCAACAUAAUGCUUAAGGAUGGGACUUCAUCUCUGUGACAGAACCCAGGAAUUAAUUCCUAGAUAUAUAAUGUUUAGUAUAUUGAAGAUGAAAUUAAAAUUGUCCUUCAGUUUUGAGGCCAUGUGUAAAGUUUAACCACAUUGUAAAAUAUCAAUUAUGUAUUAGAAAUAGCUAGUUGAGAGCUUAUACUUCUCAAAACUCAUGUUGUUAUGUACACAAACUCAGUUUCUAUAUGUGAAGUUAGUGAGUCUUUUUGUGUUACUCCAGAAUAAAGGCAAUGAUUUAUUUUUUCCCAAUGCCAAUACAAUUUGAGCUAAUCUCUCAAGAAGGAUAUUUUACAUUUUAAACCUGGAAUCAGCAGCCCUAUGGGAAACCAGACAAAGCAUUGACUUUUAAAUAUAGACUUUUAAAAUAAACUGUUGUUUUCUUUUGGAACUAGAGUUAGAAUAGUUAAUAGUCACCACACAAACCAUUAUUAUGUGUACAUUAUUGUUGCUAUUGUGAUAAUAGAGAAUUUUAUUUAUUUUUAUGCCAGCUUCUAUUGUGAGAACACCUUUAGUCAGUUUGGGUUUUAUCAAUCCUGUUAUGCUUGUCCUUGGAAAAGCUUUCGCGUAUUCGAGGUUUGUAGUUGAAAAGUUUACUGUAAAAAAAAAAAAUCAAAAACAAAAAAAUGUAUUGUUUUUACAGAAUAAAUUUAUUGGAAUGUGUUCUGGGAGUAAGAUUUGAGGUGUAAGCAACUAAGUUAGUGUUAUUUGGCUUCAUAUAUGUAAUAAUGUGAGGUAUUAAUGUUAUUCAUAUAUUAAAGCAAAAAUUGUUAGCAAGUGGACAGUAGAAUGAAGUGCAGGUGAGGGUUUUCUUUUUCUUUUUUUAACUCUCUGGUUUUAGCUUAUUUGAAAACAUUGGGGGCAACAGCUGUGUGAUUUGCUUGCAUAUCUAAGAUAAUAACCUUUACUAGCUCAAGGGACCCUAAAUUCAAACACUUGACAUUAUCCAUGCAUUGAUAUUUAAUAUGUACCCCAUACAUAUUUAAUAUGUACUCCAUUUUCUUUUGGUUGUCUUUUCUUUCUGAAUGAGCGAAUAAAUAACAUCAAGAGAAAUGUGAGAAGUCCUAAAAGUCUAGGGCCAUUAAUGAUGGUGGUGGUAAUGGUGGUGAUGAUGAUGAAGGCAGCCAAGAGUAUGAAAGUAUCAGUCCACUUACCACUGAGGGCACACUGAGGAGGUGGCUGUAUUUUUGUUCAUUUCCCUAGUUUAGCAAAUACUGGAUUUUCUCUAUUAUACGCACAUACAAUUCCGAAUAUGAAAAGUUCAUAAAAAGAUAGUAGGGAUGCCAAUUCAUUUUUUUUUUUCUUAAAAAGCACUUCUUAAUUUUGAAUAUUAAUUAAAAUUCAUCAAAAGGCCUCUUCAUUGCUCACACUAACACAACAAGGAGAAAGUAGAUGACAUUUUCAAUUGGAAAAUACAACUGACAGAUUUUUAAGACUAAAAUGUUCUAGGGACUACAAAACUUGUGAAGAAAAUACACAAUGUUUCAAAUUUAACAAGAUUUGUCUUCGUGAAAAGUCAAAAAUAAUUUUAUUAAAAAUAUACACAAUAAUACAGUAGAAAUAUUUCCAGUCACCAAUAAAACAAGUGUUCACUAAGGUUGAUAAUAAAGUACCAAUCCUUUAGCUGUUUAGAUUGACACAAAAAUUUUAGUUAAAACAAUUUUUAAAACAACCAUAAAUAAUAUACUUUUCUUGAGAAAACAUUUUUCAAACAACAUUUAAAAAUAUUUUCAGGCUCUGCCUUUUAUAUUGAGGUUGAUAAUAAAGCAUAUACAUCUUACAUAUGCAAAAAUUAUUUCUCCACUCUGCAUUUGCUAUUGAAUUUUUUAAUAUGCGUAGACCAUAUUCACUUUUGAGUGGUUUCAUUUCCAUGCUCACUAUUGUAGGAAAUAAAUUGUAAAGUUUUGCACUUACAAUUAUUUAAUAUAUACAACAAUAUUGAGAUAGAUGGUUAGGUUUAUUCACAAAUAAUUUAGAAUAUAUUUCUUUAAGCAAACUGUUUUCAACAACUUCAAUUUUCCUUCAAAAAAAAGAAAAAUCUGCCUACACAAUGCCAUUUUAUAGCUCACACCUAGAAUGCAGGGCAAGAAUUCAUGUAUUCUUAACUUAAAUAUCUAGAUACGGGAAGGGAGUGCAGUGGACAAAGUAGCAGUUCCAGGGUAACAAAAAUCAGUAAUCUAGAGAGAGAGAAAAUGAAGUAAGGAUUUUAUUCAACUUUUUCAUCUGCCUUUGUUUUUAUGAAGAACUCUGGUUUGUAGAUACAGCGAUAGGCCAAGAGCUGAGGAAGAAUUCCAUAUGCUAUGUUUAAUGCUAAAAAAAGGUUUUUCGCUUCUUCAGGGACUCUGUAGACAUAAGCAGUUCUAGCAUGAAGAGAAGCACCAAUGUGGCAAAACUGAGCCUGUUGCGUAAAACAAAAAUGGGUAAGCAUGAAAUUUGUGCUCAGACAGAUGCACAGAGAACUCUGAAAGUUUCAUUCAGCCCAUGUUCAUGUGCCCUCAGAACCAGUCCCACCUGCAAACAAAAUGCUUCCAAACAAUCUACAAUCUUUAAUCCUUCAUUGAAUUUAGGGACAUUCUUGAUAUAACUGUUCAAAUAAAGUGUACCUUCUUUA